GCUUUAUCCAAAUUCACCAUCUGUUUGUUUGCUUGUCUACAUCUCUCUCAAUAAAUUUUCACGUUUUUAACGAAAAUUUGUGAUCGGGGAAAUCAGUUAGAAACACUGCCCAAAACAAUAAGUCUUUGCUCGAAGGAAGGAAGACAGUUGCAGAUUUGUUCAUCAAACUUAGGUAUUUUAACAUUUUGUAAAUUCGUUAAAAUGUCGGGCCGUGAAGGUGGCAAAAAGAAACCACUUAAAGCGCCGAAAAAGGAAGUGAAGGAACUGGACGAAAAUGAUUUAGCCUUCAAGCAAAAGCAAAAGGAACAGCAAAAGGCACUGGAGGCAGCUAAAAUGAAAGCAGUACAAAAAGGACCUUUAGUGGGCGGCGGAAUUAAGAAAUCAGGCAAAAAAUAGGCGCAUUUAGAAAAUUAGUCCCUCGUAAGAAAUACCAUUUCUUGUUCAACCCUUUGAUUUUUUAUAUGUUUUUUGUAUAACGAAGAUUGAUUAAAGAAAAUUACAUGUACUGUUAAUCAAA